GUUUCAGAGCUUAAAACCCUACCAAAAGCCAGCGAAGCUCUCCAAACUGCCAUCUUCACCUCCAAUGGCUAGGGCCCGCUCGCUCCGACGUCUAAUCGGAACCCUAGCCGAUCCACCAUCAUGUCUUCCGAAAAUUCAGAUGCAGCAUGGACAACAUCGAUUUCUUCAUUCGUCCUCUUCUCGCGUAUCGCCGAAGAAGCACGUACCGCCUCCUGGUUGCGUCUCUCGAGCGCCCUCUCGAACUUACAUUUCAGAGAUGCGCAAGUCCGCCUUCGAAGGUACCAUCCUCAGGCUCCUCCGGAACGAGAUUCAGUACGAGCUCGAACGCUCGCCUCCUGCCAAGCCAGUGGGGAGAUUUGGGCCCUUCACAGUUGACGACCGGCCAGGAGAGCAAUGGAUUAGAUUGAAAAGAAAAUUUGGGGAGAAUGAAUAUAUUAACAUCGAAGCCACCAUGUUUGAUGGAGCUAUUCCUGCCUCAAAAAAUGCUGCUGGCAUUGGAGAAGAUGUAGAACUCCAUAUUUCUUUCGUUGUCAAAAUCACAAAGGAUAAAGACAGUAAUGUCUUGGAGAUCAUGUGCUCUGCUUGGCCCGAUAGUAUCGAGAUAAAGAAACUUCUUGUCCAUGGUUGUCAAAGAAUGCCAUCUAGCUUGUAUACUGGUCCUGGAUUCAAGGAAUUGGAUGAUGAGUUGCAGGAUGCACUUUAUGAUUUCCUGGAAGAGAGAGGAGUAGAUGAUGAACUUGCAGUUUUCUUGCAUCAGUACAUGGCAAAUAAAGAUAAAACCGAGUUUAUCAAGUGGAUGGAUACAGUGAAACAUUUUGUGGAGAUGAAAACAUGAUCAAAUAUUAUUUGACGGACACAGUUCAUCUUAUUGUAUUCAAUCCUGAUCUUUAUUGGCGGGCAUCAGUCUUUAUGGCUUUUGGGUAAUGCAAUGGUUGGUUGACUACAUUGAUACAUGAAGCAGCAAAGUUGGCUUAACUUGACAGUUGAAUUGCUGUGUGGUCAAAGUUUUCCUUGGACUUUCCAGCCAUGCAUGCUGGAAGAAGUUGAUAAAGGUUCGGUACGUUUCGAGAAGUAUCAGGUUCAACUGCAAGCUUUUGAGAUCUAGUCUCGAGGAAAUAAUUUCCAUUGCAAUCUACUUGUUUUGACAUAGAGAGCUCCUCGUCUUUGAUUUGGUUGAGGGUGAGCGAUUGUCAUCAUCUUGACAGUAAUGCUUGGGUGAGAAUACUCUCAUUUUGCCUUGUAUAGGGAUUCUUCUCCCUGUUUUAGUUUCCCUUAGCAUGGUAGGAGGGCUGGAGCAACUUCCCAAAGAACAUAUGCCUGAUAAAAGAGCGAGAGCAGACGUGGCAUCUUUCACGAGAGUGAUGUGGACGAUGUUGCUUUUCUUUCUUCUCGCAUCUUUUCUUUCUAGGCCUUGGCCUUCCUUUUCUUUAUCAGAGGGAAGAUUUGAGCAAGUCCAAGUUGAUGCUGAAAAAGCUAAACAAACCUUUAGCUGGAACUUAAUUCCUAAACACACCCUUUGUUUGGGUAUGCUUUUACUUUUCAAUUUUUACUUAAUUCUUAUUGCCAA